ACGUCACUUCCGGAGCGCCUGAGUUCUGACUAUGUGCGCGACAGACGCCUCGUCCAAUGAGAGCAUUCGGUGGGCGUGGUCUGAGAGUUACUGGAUUCGGUAACCCACGUGUUCGGGCGGAGAGGAGAUGAAGGCUGAACGGGGAAACGCUCAGGAGGACAGCCAUGCUGAAAACGGAGUUAUCGUGGAGUCCAGUGACCCUCCAGCUGCCAAGCCAAAAGCUAAAAAAGCAGCAAAGAGACCAUCAAAGCCCCAUACUCAGAGACCUGCAAAGAAGAAGAAGGAGUCCAAUGAGAGCAAACCCCUAAGCACCGAGGAGCUGAUCCAGCUGAAGGAGACAGAGCAGCAAUACCACACCAGCCUCCUACGUAUGCAGAUUGACGAGCUGCUUCAGGAAGUGCGACUGAAGGACAAGAGGAGGAGAAGCAUUGAGGAAUUCAUACAGGAGAUCAGCAAACUCAUUGAGAAAAUCCCCCAGACCCCUGAGACAGAUUUAGUGGAUCAGUCCUGGCUUCCCAAAACUGUGAAGGUUCCGUUCCUGCAGGUUCCAUACCAAGUAAAGGGCAAAUUUCACUUUGUACCCCCGACCUCCAUCAAGGUGCUGGGGAGUUACCUGCUGGGGACAUGUAUUAAGCCAGAGAUCAAUGUGGAUGUUGCGGUCACUAUGCCUCAGGAAAUUCUCCAAGCAAAAGAUAACCUGAACCAGCGGUACCUAAGAAAGAGGGCACUCUACCUGGCACACAUUGCUGCUCAACUUGCAGAGAAAAACAUCUUCAGCAGCGUCAAGUUCACAUAUAUGAACAGCAACCACUUAAAGCCGAUGCUGCUCUUGAGGCCACAUGGUAAGGACGAGAAGAUGGUGACGGUCCGCAUUCAUGUUUGUCUUCCUCCUGAGACAUUCAAGUUCAACAGAUUCUUCCCCAGCAAAAACAAUGUGCGGGUCUCCUGGUUCCAGGAGCGUAAAAAGGUCCCUAAGGAGGGAGCCAAUGAUCCGCCCACCCCUCACUAUAAUAACACUGUCCUGUGUGACCUAGCUAUGGAGCAGCAUUUUCACCACCUGUCUAGCUGCAUGUCCGACUUCCCUGGCAUGAAAGAUGGAAUCUCAGUCCUGAAAGUCUGGUUACGGCAACGGCAGCUUGACAAGGGUUAUGGCGGCUUUAAUGGCUUUGUGGCGUCGAUGCUCGUGGCCUAUCUGCUUUCCAAGAAUAAAAUCAACAAGGCAAUGAAUGGACAUCAGGUUCUGAGGAACACCCUGCAGUUUUUAGCCAGUACAGAUUUGACAGUCAAUGGAAUUACAAUGUCAAAAUCCACAGACUCUUCCUUGCCCUCUAUAGAAGAUUUUCAUCGGGCAUUCGGGGUUGUGUUUGUGGAUCCUCUGGGAGUUGUGAAUCUCUGCGCGGAUAUGACGGCUGCCAAGUACAAACAGAUUCAGUUUGAGGCCAAGGAAUCACUCAGGAUCCUAGAUGACACCGACACCAAUGGCUUUCUUCUUGUCCUUAUGAUGCCCAAGCCUUUCGUGAGAACCUUUGAUCACGUUUUACACAUUACAGAAGUGGGCAGCCUCCGAAAAUCGUGCAAGAAGAUGAAGUUGUCGCAUGAACUUCUAGACAGAGGAGGGGAUUAUGUGUCCACCGUUCUGCCCUUCAUCUUGUCUAUCCUCAAGAAAGGCCUGGACCAGCGGGUGGUCCUCCUGUCACAUGCAUUGCCACAGAAGCCUGAGUGGGACAUAACAGAAACACCAGCAAAGCUUAAGGACGUCGGCUCCCUGACCCUGGGACUGAUGCUUGCUCCUGAUUUCUUUUCCAGUGUCUUAGAGAAAGGACCAGCAGCAGAUAACCCAGAGGCUGCUGAUUUCCGAAGUUUCUGGGGAGAAAAGUCUGAGCUGCGUCGGUUUCAGGACGCAUCUAUAUGUGAGGCUGUUGUCUGGCCUGCAAGCAACCUGGAAGAAAAACGUGGUAUUCCUGAACUUAUCAUAAGACACCUUCUCAGUCUACAUGCCAAUGUUUCUGAAGCUGCCAUCAGCUAUUCUGGUAACCUCCUGGACUGUGUACUGAACAAGGGGAAGCAGGCAGGCACAGGAGAGGAACAGAUGGUCUCCGUCAUCCAGUCUUAUGAUGACCUAAGCAGGAAGCUGUGGAACCUGGAAAAUCUUCCGCUCACGGUCACUGCAGUACAGGGAACGCACCCAGCGCUGCGCUACACAGAUGUGUUUCCUCCUUUCCCGGUGAAGCCAGAGUGGUCAUGUUAUAAGAAAUCUGCUGACAAGAACAGUCUCAUCCCUUCUCUAUUCAAGCCUAGCCCAGCCUAUGUAUCUCCUAUAAAAGUGAUUUGUCAUAUGGAAGGAAGCGGAAAGUGGCCUCAAGCUAAAGACGCCAUUAAACGUGUGAAGGCCGCCUUCCAGAUUCGUUUGGCAGAGCUCUUGAAAGAGCAGCAUGACUUCCUAUGCAAACCCACCGCUACGUAUACCGAUGUCUACAAGGAUGGCUACGUUUUCCGCCUUCAAGUGGCGUAUCACAGAGAGCCGCAGUUCAUAAAGGAGUUUAUUGGUCCAGACAAAAUCCUGAAGUCGCGAGACACAGAAGAAUCACUUAAGCUUGAGCUUGAAACCAUUCACCUGCCUCAUCUGACAAGCACGCUACAUGGUCUCCAUCAGCAGCUUCCAGCAUUUGGGGCAACAUCCCGUCUUGCUAAGCGCUGGAUCAGUUCUCAGCUCCUUGACGGCUGCAUCUCGGACGAGUGUGUGGAUCUCCUGGUGGCGUAUCUCUUCCUGCAUCCUGUGCCCUUCACUGCUCCAAGUUCCCCCCAGGUGGGCUUCCUCCGGUUCCUCAAUCUCUUGGCCUCAUAUGACUGGAAGAACAGCCCCCUCAUUGUAAACCUCAAUGGAGACCUGACAGAUGAUGACCUCGUAGAGAUUCAGAAUGACUUUACUUCAGCGCGCACUGAGCUCCCGGUGAUGUUUAUCGCUACACCAAAAGACAGGAAAAUGUCAGUGUGGACCAAAGAGAAGCCAACUGCUCAGUUCUUGCAGCGUCUCAUCAUCCUUGCCUCUGAGUCUCUAGUGAUCCUGGAGAAGCAGCUGAUGGAGCCGUCAGAAAGCAAUGACAUUAAGAUGGUUUUCCGCCCUCCCCUGGAUCUCUAUGACGUUCUCAUCCAUCUGAACCCCAAGCACAUCCCCCGACAUAGGGAAGCUGUGGAUCAGCCGGCCAUGUCCUUUUUCCGUGGGAUUCUGAAGGAGACCGCGCAGACCAUUGACUCUUAUUUCCCAGUCGUGGACUAUGAUCCAGUCCAGUUAUACCUGAGUGAACUGAGGGAGUCUUAUGGGGAAUUUGCCUUGUUCUUCUAUGACGCUCACGGAGGAGAAGUGAUCGGUGUUAUCUGGAAUCCGUCCAGCUUCGCGCCGCAGCCUUUUAAAAUAACCAAAGUGAAUGGAAGAAUAGUAGAUACAAAAAGUAACAGCUUGCUUUUGAUCCCCAACGUGGAGGCCAUACUGGAGGAUUUUAAGAUUUUUGGAGAAGGUCUGGUCAAGAGAGUUGAGUGUCAGUCUGAGAGGUGGAACAUCUGAAUGAAGGGCAGUAGGACCAGUACAGGCUUCAGUGUAAGGAACGUACGUAUGUGUGCGUUCAGGAGGGGCAGGAGUCCAGGGACUGACCAAACACCACUGUGAAUUAUGCUUGGAGAUUUACUGAUCCUGUAAUUUCAGCUAUAUCAAAAGACUGUAUAUGGAAGGGUGUGACGAUUUAAUAUCUUUUUAUUUUCUUUUUUUACUGCCUAUGCAUCCUGGUGUGUAAUAUUUUGUCCUUCAUUUUCACACAAUCUCCACAGACUGAAUUAUUCAUAUUGAUGGAAAAAAAAAUCUGCUAAAUCUGCUAUUUUGUAUAAUAAAUGUAAAGUUCCUCCACUUCAAUCUCUUAACUCUCAAUUUUCAGUUUUGCAUAUUUGUUUUUCCUUCUUGCUUUUUAAGAGAUAUAACGCUUUUAUAUUUCCAUCUAGAGACCUAUUUGAGGGCUCGUUUUUUAUUUUUUGCGCGACCAAUUGUUCUUUGUAAUGACAUUUUUCAUUUUACCAUAAAAUGUACGGCAAAGCAGAAAAACAUUUCUGGGGGGAAAUUGAAGAAAAAUAAAUAAAAAAGACAACGCAAUCUAUUGGGGUUAGUUUUAAUGCAGUGCACUGUACGGUAAAACUGACAUGUUCUCUUUAUUCUGUGAUUCAAUAAGAUUAAAACGAU